AUGCCCACAACAGACGACAGAAUACAACAGACAGCGGACUCCAUGCCAAAUGUACCUGUGCCAUCUCUACCACCAAUGUUAUCAACAGUACAAUCGGUACCAUCGACUAUUCCCAUAGCUACUAUUCAGCCAAUGCCUAAAUCUUCAGAACCACUGAAACCACCGGAUGACACACCAUCAUUUCCUGAGAAACCAACCUUUGUACCACCCAAAUCAAUAUCCCAGUCACCGAAGAUAUCACCAUCAUCAAUUCCCAACCCGAGUCCAAGUGCCACCACAACCAAACCUGUACAAUUAGGCUAUGCCAACUAUGGUUGCUACAUGUACUCAGUGCCGGUGUAUUCGGCAUUUCAACCCGUUUCAUAUCCUGAUUUUGGUCAGCCAAAUAAUAAUCAAAGACCAGUAACUGAUCAACCGACAGCGACAGAAGUUGUUUAUCCCCAAACGAGAGACGGUACAGUUUCAGCGGAAGGGAAAGUGGAAGAAAAGUUCCCAGAAACAAUUCCUGACGAAACAAAAUCUCAAACUGACUUUGAAGAAAAUUUUACCCCAAAAGUAAUACCUGCAAAUAUAGAUACAAAUAUUCCUGAAGGUAUUCAAAGUAAAAUAGACAGUGUAAAUAAUAAUUUAAAUAGUCCUGGUACAAUUUCUACACCGAUGUUUAAAGAUUCAAAUAAAAAACCCACAUCAGAAAGGUUUAGUCUAAAAACCAGCAUCCCAAUCAGUAAGAUAGACAUGAAGUGUGUAACCAAUACUUCAGACAGUUUGCAAUCUCCUCAACUAAAGAAACCAUUCAACCCAGCUUUCCAUACCUCUAAAACAGAUACACCAAAAAUCGAAAUACAAAGUAAUGUGCUAAUAAACGAAAAAAAGUUAAAAGAUGUUUCAGGUUCGACUAAUAGUAUAAGUACUCUGAUAACAGCCGCUGAAGUCAUUAAUCAGGCUGAAACUCAAUUCCGCAAGCCUGAUGCGAAAACAGACGUGGAACUAAAUAAAGAUGCAUGUAAAACAAGUAUGCUACCUCCCAAUAUAAUACCAUCUCGCACAAUUUUUAACCCGAUAAAUUUAGACUCAAUAACUCCUAAAUUUUCAUCACCAUCACAAGAGAGAACAAACGAUCAAAAAUCAAACCAACUAUUACUGAUACAAAAUAAAAAUUCUUCAAAUCAGAAGAUGCUACUUGCCAUACAACAACAAACCCCUCAGGUGCCACUUCCUAGAUCUGGAGUCGACCAAAAAAACUUGCAAACUCCUUCACGGCAGUCUAGCCAAGCAAAAAAAUGUAAGGAAGAAUUGGAUAAUGAAAAUGAAACAUCGUCCAAAGUAGUUUCCUUAAAAAGGAUGCACCAAGACGACUGUGACGAGAAUGAUUUUGAAAAUCUAAUAACGGAAAAUCAAAUUUAUGGGAAUAAGAUAGUCGUGAAGGAGAAGUCGCAAGGAACCUUACAGGAGCAAGAAAUUAAAAACAAAAACAAUGUGGAAAAAGCGGUUCAACCAACUGCAAAAAACCUAGUAUUACAAUCUAAUUUUGUUUACUUAAGCAAUGUUCAGUUGCCGGCAAAUGUUAUGAUGAUUAAAAAUAACGUUAAAGUAAAUAAUGAAUCCAUAAAACCAUCAGUUAAUGAAAUCAAACCUAAUGCAGAUAUAAGUAAAAUGAAUAACAAUAUCGAAUCUGUGGCCAAUAAUUCAAUUACUAAGACAACGCAGGAAAAUAAAGAGAUUCAAAUUCUUAGAAAUAACAACUUAAAUCAAAAAUUACCAAGUAAAAACAGUAACACAGAUAUGGUCAUACAGACACCGAAUUCAAAAGUUAUAAUGAAUCCACAAAUAGUUUAUCAAGUAAAUAGAAAGAGAUAA